UUUUUUUUUUUUUUUUUUGGUUUUCACUCUUCACUCCCUGUCUUUGUCGAGCCUCACAUAUAGAUACAGAUAACACUGUUGAGUUCCCCAUUCCCGGAUGCGCAUUGCUCCGGGGCCACGUCCUAGACUGGAUUCGUGCACAACCCUGGUUCACAGUUGACAGCCAUCUCUUGGUCUUUUUAUAUAUAUAUCCUUGUGCUGCCCGCACUUGUCUAUCUCACAAUCGCAAAAACUCAAUUUAUUCUCAUCCUUCAUUCUCCUCAGUGCUCUUAGGCACCAUAGAGAGAACUCUACAACUGCUAGGUAUUUCAUUGCCCGAGCAUCUCUUUACAACUUGACCAAAGUACUCUUCGGCUUUGUCUAUCAUCGUCUAUCUCGCUUUCCCCCUUAAGAGAUUCGUGAUCUGUAUCACCGGAUCAACAAUUGCCUCAUCUUGAACAACUCCCAAACAUUGUACUUCCAUUCUAGUCCCCAAAACCCAUAUCAUUAGGGCCUCGGACUUUGUUACCACGUCCGUGCCCUGUCAUUCAAGAUAUCUUCCACUACCCGCCUCUAGAUCGCAAAGUCUCACACCCACUGUCGAUUAGAUCCACUCUGGCAGUUGACACCUAAAGACAUCAUCUCAAGUUAGCGAGUUAGACUUAUUGAUGGUGGGAGACCUUCAAUCCACUUACGUCUUCUUCUGUUCCUCGACUCUGUCGAGUCCCUUCGCGCACUCGCUUAGACUUUGAUCUCGAACAAUCAUCCAGUAUUCGCCUCUCCAGUGACCAUUGAUUGGUAUUAGCCAACACUCACUGGACACGCCCUGUCUGCAUACUGCUAUCUCUCGCUUUCAAUUAGAACUCUCCUAUCAGGCCAAUUCGUUGCGGAGCUCGCUGCUCUUGCACCGUCAACUUCAUGGAGCAUACUUUCUUGACUAUACAUAAUUUACAUCCUGACGCUAAUAUCCUUUACGCGUCUGAUUCCAUUUUUGAAAUUCUUGGAUACUCUCCACAAGACGUCAUCAAUAAGUCUGCUUUUGAGUUCUUUCAUCCUGAUGAAAUCCCGUACGCGCGAUCCGUCCAUAGUCGUGGCGUCUUGCUGGACAAGGCUGCCGUUUUGCACUAUGCACGCCUUCGCUCUCGUGACGGUCGCUGGGUAAGCAGUGAAUGCUGCUUCUCAAUCGUCCACGAUAUUCUUUUUGCUUGUAUAAGUAUCUACAGGCGUGAUGCCAAGAGUGAGAGACGAGCUCUGGACGCACCACAGGUCCGGCGUCUCUUCUCGCGCUCUCCUCGAGACCCACGAUAUCACAUGUUGCAACACCUGUCCCCCAAGUUCAGGUUGCCACCUGUAGAGCGUGAGCCUCGAGCUGCUCUUAUCCUUAAUCGGUUUACUAGAACAUUGACUAUUAUGUUUGCAACCGAUGCUGUCGCAUCCAUCCUCGGCGUUCCUGCCGAUCAAGUUCAGCAUAAAAGCUUCUACGAAUGCAUUCGAGAGACCUGCUUGGAUGAUGCACUCAAGUGCAUCGAGAGUGCGAAAGCCAACGAUUCCAUUGCUUACCUGCGAUUCUGGUCUCGCGAUCCACGACGACCCGAAGACUUCGAGGAAGAAGACAGCAAUGUUGAUGAGGAGUCGACAAUUGAUGGUGUUGUGGGACGAAAUGGAAGCGAGGGGCCCCGUUACUUUAGAAACGGCACCGCUAACAGUCCAUACCCAGAUCAGAAUGGAUCUGGAAGCGGCUUGAUGGCUCCGAGCCAGCAACGACGUGCCGAAAGCCGCCGGUCUAGCGAUUCUGAGGGAGGUGGUGUUAAGUUGGAUGGUGCUAUGGAUCUCGAUUCGAAUUCCAACUCCCUGCGGGGUUCGGCAGGUCCUUCCAUCAAGGUAGAACCUGAUGUGGACAUGCAGGAUGGCAGUACCUCCAACGAAAUAUCAGGCGAAUCCCGCACUACGAGCUCCAAUACCCUGGGCUCUAGCUCACGAGCAACUCGUUACCAGACUCCUCUCACACCACAGUCACCGCCAUCGCCUGAGGAUAACCUGUCCCAGGCACGCAGAUCUCGCAACCACCAAGCACGACACUCGGCACCUUCUGUCGAGUUGGAAGCAGUCGUCUCAUGUACCUCUGACGGUCUUGUCGUUAUCCUCCGCCGAGCAAGGCCUCAGAUUCCCAGUGUUGAGCCUCCCCAAAUUCCUUCUGCCUUCGACCACGGCGUUUUUGCUGCCCCAUGGGCGCAACAACCUGUGUAUCCCCGGUAUCAUCCCGAGGCUGUUCACAAUUUCCAAGCUUCAUAUGCCCCGCACCAUAUGCCACUGCGAAGCGGUAUUCAAGCUGCCGGUGGGCCCCCUAUGGAUCAGCUCAUGCAAUCCAUUAGAGAUGUUGCUGUAUUUGCUUGGGCCCUUGUGGGCAUUAACGGAAACAUAGCAUCUUAUGGUCAUGGACAGCCGUCAGGAGAGGCUCAGCCUCCCGAUGGUCUUCCCAUAUGGGACCCUGAAGCGGGAGACGCCUCAUACGAAGGGCCUUACAACCAGGCUGCUCAGCGGUGGGCUCAAGAGGCCCAACGACAGCAGCCAUCGUUCCAUCAGCAGGACUCGGUAUCAACUGAGUUUUCAAUGGAGGGAACAGCAGACUACACUACGACUGGCCUGGGAUAUCAGAACCAUGCGGCCAAUGGCCAUGGUAAUGCAUGGUAUUCACAACCAUCAGCCCAUCAGCGCAACCAAGAGGCAUUUGCCCAGAACAGCCGUCAACACCAUCAGGAUCCUUCCAACAUGGCGGCUUCUUCAGUGAACCUACAUUCAAGCCAGUUGGACGACGGGCAGCAUUGGCUUGGAAACCCCCAAGUUCCCACCACGUCAGCCGAGGAUCAUCCCCAUAAUCCUCCAAACGGAUGGAAUUGAUAAGUGCCUACUGGAAAGUAUUAUGGAGACGUACAUCAUUGAUCAUGAAAUAUAGAACAAAUGAAAUGAGAGAGUAAGGGCUGAAUAGCGUGUUUGUCAAUGAGCUCUGGCGUUGCUUGUAACUCAAAGAGCUCAGUGACUGUGGGCUCGUUUCUCGAGCACGAAGAAGCUUUGGGUCGCACUGAUGUUGUAGCGAGGAGGAUGAGAUGCCGUAGCUGGAAUCGUCAGACAGAUAAUAUGAAUUAGUAAAAGCGUGGAAGGUGGUUAAUACAUUUUGAUUUCCCUCAGGCCUCAAAGAAGAGA